GUGGUGGCAUGGCAAAUGCGAAAUCACACAUGCAACACAACACGGCGAAUCGUGGCGGACAUCAGUAGCUCCCGACUUGGAGAUCCACUGUAUUAAGAAACCACUGCAUAGUUGCGCCGCCACUAGAACAGAAGGGAUUUAAUGAGAACAUUUGUUCUAUGUCCACUGGAAUCAGUCAACGUGCAACGUUUGGAAAUCACUACUGGAUUGUUCUGUGAUAUUACAGCAAGAUUAAAAAAUGUUCGAUACCUAGAUCAUUCAUUAUUAUAGAUCUUCAAACGUCUAGAGAGCACUGCUUCUGCAUGGAAGGGUCAUGUCGCAUUCACGUUAAUUCUACCUAAUCACAUUUAAUAUACAGACUGAUUUCACUCAGCUUAAUCAGAUGCAAUGUUUACUAAAGCAACGAAAAAGUUUCUUUCAAAACCGAAGACAAAAUUGGCUUUCCAAGAUAACUAUACACUAGACAUUGGGGAAGAAGGCAAGAAUUACGCAGACGAGAGUCUCCCCUUGCCGUCCGCAUCGACAUCGGAGGGCUCCCCUCGGGGCGACAUGGACGAGUCCAAUGUUGUCACAGGAUAUCGGGGAAAUUCGUGGGUCUUCGAAAAUAAACUCGGCGUGGCCGAAGAUCUCCGAUACCUGUCGCACAUGCCCGAACUUUGUGACGUAACGUUCCUCGUAGGCGAGACGAGAGAACCUAUCUGCGCAGUACGGGCCAUUUUAGCUGCGAGGAGCAGAAUUUUCCACAAGUUGCUAUAUUCAGCAGCUCGAGGGACCCCUCGUAAGAAGAACGUCUCGACAACGGACAAGCUCGGGAAGCGUGUAUCGCAGAUGAUACGACGAAGCAGUAUCGAUCUGGGAGAAGAUUAUAGCGCCCUCAGUGGUCCUAGGACGAUCGUCAUCGAGGAGUUUGAUCCGUCAGUCUUCCAUCAACUCAUCCAGUACUGUCACACGGGAUGCGUCACCCUCAAACCCAAGAUAGUACUAGGUUUGAUGAACGCAUCUGACCACUACGGGCUAGACGAGUUAAGAAGAGCCUGCAUGACGUAUCUUCAGAACUGCGUCAAUAUCGAUACAGUAUGUUUACUACUUCGCUCUGCAGAGAAGUACAUUCAGUACAAGUCUACCAAGUCACUUGUACAGAAGGCACUCGAGUUUGUGGACAUUAACGCAGAAUCGGUUUUGAGACUACCAGCCUUCACGGCGCUUCCGAAUCACGUGGCCAGGCUUAUUCUAUCACGUGACGAGCUUCAAGCAGACGAACUUACUAAAUUCCAAGCCGCGCUCGCAUGGAGUCGCGCAUACAUGGAAAAGCAUCCCUCCUCAAAGCUACGUGACGUCAUGACUCCGUUCAUAGACAGUAUCUCGUUUCAUCUGAUUCCGGCGACAACCCUCAUGCAGUCGGUUAAACCGACCGGGGCGGUUCCGGAUCAAAAGAUCAUGACCGCGCUGGCCUACCAAGCUGAUCCGAGCAGUAUCGAACCCGGUAGCAUCGUGACGACACCAGCAAGAUUAAGAUUAUCAAUGCUUAGUCUGAACGUACAUGAUUCGCCGACACCCACUGAUAGACUAUCGAGAACAGACAACUCAUCGUCGUCGAUUAAAUCCGCGACGUCGUACGCGUCGUUGAACACAUCUCGCUCCAGCGGCAUCGAUAAGCUCCCUUUGGACAAUGAACCGGACAAUGAGCCAGACAAUCCUGAGCUUGGUAAUCGGAAUCUCGAUCUCGAUGGCGAUUUCGACCCUGAAACAUGUCACAAUAACAACAACAGAAGUAGCGAGUAUAGCGAAAACGGUCAUACAGCGAACAGAGGCGAUGACGAUGAGGAGGAGGAGGAAGAGGAGGAGGAUAAUUCGGACGAGCGUCAUGAUCACGUCGAUUUGAUGUUUACUCAGGAUCGUUGUUUUAGUCCGCCAUGUUUAAGUGAUACCAAUACGAGUUGUUCUAUGUCGAUUUGUUCAGAUUGGACCGAUACGAGUAGUAGUGCUGGUGGGAGCUUCGGCCGAGCAGACCAGAAAGAAAGUAACUUCAAGCUUCUUGUUACGGAAUAGAUCUCCAUCUGUUAAAUAACUUGCCUGAGGGUAAUACUAGGUCUUAUGUAUCCUAAAGGUCCUAGUGGAUACUGUGUAGACUUCUCACCAUGAAUUGACUGUAUUUUAACAAUUUGAAAGGCAUAUAACACACGAAAAGAAUCUAAUCAAAUUAGCUACUUGAUGGUCUAUCAUCG